AUGUCUUGGGAGCCUACUGACACGUUUCUCAGAGGUAAGGUUAUCAAGCCAUUCUUACCUUUUGAAAAACACCCUGAUUUAAUCAACGACAACUUACAGAACCUAUUCCCAGGUGAUGAGGUUUACAUCUUUGAAACCAAGAACGCAAAGUGGGCGAGAGGUUACACGGUCACCAGACCUUUCCCUCAUGACUUUACCAUCACGUCUGUGAACUUGGAUGAGUUGCCAACCACCAAAGUCAAGGUGCUGAUUUUCCCAUUGAGUUUCAUUGAAGUUUUGGAAAAGAUUCCCAUUAGAAAGGCAGCUGUCGACAAGGAAUUCAAUAAUAUUGCUGAUAUGGACAUGGUUCCUACCAUUGAAGAUUCUGAAAGGGAACGUACCUAUGCUCUUGCUGGAGCUGUACCAGAAGCCAAUGGCAACGCCCGGAAAGCUAUUCCUCAAUUACCACUCCAGAGAUUUGAUGUUGAGGAUUCGUUACUCGAUGAGUUGAAGUACACCUUGAAUUUGUUGACUGCCCAUAUUUUUGCCUUAUACUCGAUUGGUGAGUUUAGAUUGUUCAACAAAUUGUCUCAAAACUACACUGAGUUGGAAGAGGCAAGAGUCAAAUUGACUCACAACUUGUUGACAGUUGACGAAGUCCAGUCAACCAAGGAGAACGUUACCUUCAUUUUAGACAAGAUUCCAAAGAAAUUAGCUUCCAAAGCUGCUAGAUUGAACGAUGUUUCAUAUGACUUGGAUAACGCUGGAACUGAUAUUUCUGGAUACAAAGCAAUUUUGGCAAGACAAGGUGAUACCGGUGAAUUAUUGAACUUUGAUAACUCUCUUCCUUCCGGAAUUGCAGCAAAUCAGGUUUUCUGUGCUUUACAACCAAAUUUUCCCAUCAACUACCAUUACAAUGACCAAGAGUUCUCUUUGGCACCAAGAAAAAACUCCAAGUUAAUCCGUGAUCCGCCAUCACAUGUGUUGGUUGAUUUCAAGUCUGUAAGCGGUUCAUCAGCAUACCAGCCCCCAGGGUUUGCGGGUACAAUUGCGUAUUUGUACAUCAGAAAUAACCGAAAGAGAUUGACUGAAGCGUUCGCUGUCCACACCGAUUCGGUUAAUGAUUUGAUCCAUGUAGAAAAAAUCAGUGCUGCUUUAUUCAGAAAUAUUCCCGCUACUGAAACCGAAAACACCAGAGUUUACUUGGUAGCUGUGUUGACUGAGGAAAUUGAUUUGAACUUGAAGGAGUCCAGUAACACCCCGCAAGUCAGAAGAGUCAAGAAGGGUGUUGCUGCCGGUGUCGCUGAUAUCACGAGAGUCUUCAGUAGAAAUAAGGGUUCUUUGACUUCUGGGGAGUCCCACCAGUUUGUUAUCAAGUUGUUUGGAUCUUAUGUCAACCAGAAGAGAAACUUGAAAGACACCGAUGGAAUUGCCAACGGAGGAUGGGGUGAAAUAGUGGACAGAAUCAUUGCGGGUUCGAACCAUGGAGUUGCGGUUAACCCCAGAGCAGAAAAGUUGACUGUAGCUGUCAAAGAAUUUAAGCACCAAUUCACGACUCAUGAGAAUGGUGACUUAGAAAACAAAAAUAUUAUUGGCUCUGCUACUCCAAUUGCAAGAAUUAAACCUAUUUUUUUUGAUCCUUUGGCUGAGAACUAUGAGCGUCUUUACUUGAAAAUGGGUAAGAUUUCAUUGUUGAACUCAAUUACCAAGGACGAUUUGUUGACAUUUGAAGUCAGUACUCCAAACAAUGAGUUGAUCACUUUUGCCAAGGCCUCCAAUCAACAGGAGAAGAGAAGUUGGCAGUUUGUGUCUGUUUUCCCUGAUGAAGUGGUUGGAGAAAUCAUUAAGGUCAAUGGUAUUUCAUUGAAGAACCCAUCCAAAAAGUUGAUAAAAGACGAUUACAUUGUUUUGGCAUUGUUCAUCAAUGGGUCCUUGGCUGGAGAAGGGAAGUUGUUGUAUAAGACUGGUAAUAGGUUGGUUGAGUUCAACCAGAAGAAAAACCAUAUUAUCGAGGUCACCUCAACUCCUCACAACAUCCCAAUGGCUCAGGUUGAAGUUACCACUGAGUACAUUGGAAAAGUUUAUAACUCAGAUUCUUCCAUUGAUAGUGUGUUUCAACACGAAAGAUACUUUAAGACAGGUGCUAAAGGUAUGGAUGAGUUGGCAGCGUCUUUGAUUGCGUUCACCAAAUUGGGGGUUUCUCAAUUGGUAAAGUACUUCCCUGAAUUGUUGGGUUCAUUAUACAACAUCAUUGAAACGGCGUCUGCACAACCAUCUUCUUCAAGUGUUGAGAUUCUUCUUGAAAACCUGUUCAAGGCUAUUAUUCAUUUAUUAGACACCAUUUUUGGAAAGCAAGAACAGUACUGUUAUAUGGUUGAUUUAUAUGUCCAUAACCAACCAAGCAGACCAAAAGUUGGAGUGUUUUUGUUGAACAGACUUUCAGAGCUUUUCAGCAGAGCUGGGUCCAGCUGGAAUGCUGUUUCAAGAUCAUUGUGCCGAGUAAUUUCGGUGGUGAUUAGAUUGGCUAUUACUUCCAUGAAAGAUACUGAACAAACACCUGAAUACUUUGAAGCUAUUAAGUCGUUGUUUAGAUCUGUGUCUUUCUUUCUUACUAUUCAAUCACCCAGUUUGAUCAAUGACCAGGUCUUGAUUUUGGAGGUAAUUGACUACAUUUUGUCAUUCAACACUAGGUUGAAUGAGGAACAAACAUUGGAAUUUGUGAUCAAUUUCAUUGACUCCAUCGGAAUUAGAGGUUUGGGAGCUAACGAAGAUGUUAUCAUCAACAAGAAACCGGUGGUUGCUCCGAAAGACCACAAAAUCAUUGUCAGCAAACUCUUGUUAAUUCAUAGGUUAUUUGGCACCAAAUUGGCAAAAUCCCCAAAUACUUUACCCACCUUGAUUUGCAGAUCGGUGGUUUGGGCAAUGGAAGUGUUGUUAGGACCAACCGACAUUGAUGCUUCAAGAUUGGCGUGUACCGUUUUGAACGAAGUUUGUACACUGAUCUGGAACUUCUACAUCAUUGGUAAAAAUGAAGAUGAAGCGAACUUGAGUUACUCAUUGAGUAAAUUGUUGCCAACAGUUGCCCGGACUUUCAUUAAGUAUAACAAAUUCACCAGAAACAACGACUACUUUAAGCCUAGGAGAACGUUCACUGCCUUGUUCCCCAGUACAUUUCCUUUCAAUGAGCUGUCCAUUGACUCGGUUGUCAGUGAUGAAGUGAUUGUUGAAAUCUUAGUGGAAUUAGCUACAGUCUUUAGUUUCAUUGCAAAGAUUGCUAAAAGUGUUUCUGGGAACCAGGGGUACGCUGAGAUCCUUUCAACUGAAAUUGAAAAUGAUUUCUUCAAUCCUAAGCUUUACUUAGCCAAUGACUUCCAGAAUGAAGAUUUAAUAACUCUUAUGACUGGUGCAAGAUUAAUUAGACAAGGAAAGUAUUUCCCAGAAGACAAAUGGUUGACUCUUUACGCUACCUUGGCUGAAGGAUGUUUGAGUGCAUUGGAGUUGGUAAGGCCAUUGUUGAUUGCACAUCAUAUCCCACCAAUCGACAAGUCUGAAAUGUUUGAUAGAGUUCUUUGGGGAGUCUACUUGAAGAAUUUGCUUAAAUUGGGAACCAUUGCACCUGUUUCGGUGGAACAUUUAUCGGACGUUCCUAGAAAAGCUUGUAUGAGCAUUACCGGAGAUAUGAGAGACAGAAUUGCGUAUUUAAUUAAUGAAGCAUGGGACGCUUUGGCCUGGGAUGCAGUUGAAGAAGAUACUAUCCGGUUCAAUCUCAACAAGUUUGGUGGAUAUCAAGUUGAGUUCAUUAGCAGUGAUUACUCCAUCUUGCAAUACUUAAUGCCUUUCGCUUUGCAAAAGAAUGUACAAUGCCAAUCGGUAUCUGUUAAGGUCUUGUGGUCCAUUAUGGUUUCUGAGUAUAUUUUAAGUGACUCGAUUAUCGAUGUUGAGAGAGAAUGUUUACUUGGUUUACAUGAUGUCUACAACGGACACUCAUACAAACCAAGUAUUGUGGUGCAAGAGUCUUUCAUUGAUAGAAUGAAAUCUACCAUUAGAUUGGAUAGAGAAGAUGAGGCGUUCAAUUUGAUCUUCAACUUCAUCCAGACCCUACAAGGAUUCUUGUUGGUGUUGAAUGAUUUGACUAGUGUUCCUGUUGGUGCUGAGUUUGAUGAUGACAGAACUUUUCAUAAGUUGAACAUCAAUGCGUACCUUAAGAAUGCCAAUAAGCCUGAAUUAUUCCAUUCCUUCAUUAACCAGAUGUAUGAAGAAAACUUAAAGAAGAACGAUUAUAUUCAAGCGGCCUUGAGUUUGGAAUUAUUGGCAUCUACUUACGUUUGGAAUCACCAGAUCACAGUGCCUCCGAGCUUCAGACCCAAGUUCCCAGAACAAACCUCAUUUGAAAGAAAAGAAGCCUUAUAUAAGAUGAUUGCUCAAAACUAUAUCAAGGGAAACAGUUUGGAAAGAGCCACCGAUACGUACAACGAAUUGCUUGACUCAUACAAUCAGCAUACUUAUGAUUUGAAGAGUUUUUCCUACGUUCACAAUAAGUUGGCUAAGUUGUAUUUAGAUUUGGAAAGCUCGGAUAAGCUUACCCCUUCGUUCUUCAGAGUGGCAUUUAUAGGUGCUGGAUUCCCCAGCAACAUUAGAGGAAAAGAUCAGAUAUACGAAGGAUUGCCAUUUGAACACAUCAGUUCUAUUCACGAAAGAUUGUUGAGAUUGUACCCAGGAGCCAGAAUUAUCAGUGAUGAUGCCGAAGCCCAAAGGUUGAAAGAACGGUUACAAACCGGUAGAUACUUGUACGUUAACACCAUUGAGCCAAUCAGUGAAAUUUCUGACAAGUUAUUCAAUACCUCUAUCGGAGUCAGGCAGUAUGCCCGGAACAAAGAUUUGAGAUUCUUCACCACAAUGAAAAGGAUUCCUGGGUCUACUUCUGUGUUUGACUUGUGGACCGAAGAAACUACCUUUGAAACAUAUCUUUCUUUCCCAACAUUAAUGAACAGAAGUGAAAUCAAGACCUCCAGAGUGGUGAAGUUGUCUCCGUUAGAUAAUGCUAUCAAGGCCAUUGUACGUAAGAACAAUGAUUUGGUGCAAUUAGAGAGUUUGAUAAAUAUUGCCUUCAAAGAGAAAGCAGAUUACAUGUCUUUGUUCAAUGAUUUGUCAAGACAAUUGGCCGGUACCGUUGAUUCACCCGUCAAUGGAGGUGUUGGACAGUACAGAACCUUCUUUAAUGAUGCUAAGUACUAUGGCAAGGACGAAUAUGCAGAUAACAUCCGUUUGUUAAAGAAUGCCUUCGAUGACUUGACAUUGAUUUUGAGCAGAUGCUUACAUUUACACGGAAAGCUUGUGUCGCCUUCUAUGAAAACCAACCACGAUGCUUUGGUUUCAUUGUACAUCAAAAAUUUCAAAGAAGAAAUCCAAGCAUUAGAUAUUUCAACCGACUACGACAACACCAACUACAACCACAACGUCGCACACUACCAGCCAUCGGUUACUGGAGCUAUCAACGACAAGCGGUCCAUUUCUGCUAGUUCAGGAAUCUCGAAUGGUGCCAGUGCAAACGGUUCAAGGCUCACAAAGUCGACAUCCAGAACCUCCUCCGCAUCUAGCAAUUCUGGAUUAUCUGGCCUUUCGUCUGACAAAAACUCUACCAGCAACUCAUUUGCUAGUAGUGCAUAUUUGAAUGCACCCAAAAGAACUGCAUUGAAUUGGAGAAAUAUGGUUAAUAGAACCUAG